AUGACCCAGUUCAGACUCAGGCAGGUCUACGGAUACUUCGAUGCGUAUGACUCUGGGCUCGUGAGCAACUUCAUUGUACCACCUGAGGAGCGUUCGCUCUGCGAUACGUUGCUCCUCGCUGGAGAUUUGCUGUUCGCUGCCCUUUUCGUUAUUGACGUCAGCCUUCGCAUGGUGUUCUUGAAGUUCCAGUUUUGGAAGCAUUGGAUAAACUACUUGGACUUGAUCGUCACCAUCCUCUCCGUUUGCGAGGUUGUCAUAGCAUUGCUGCCGAUUGACGCCUUUUUCUUCCGUUUGGUUCGAUUUGGAAAGCUUUUCAGGACACUGCGAAUGAUGACCAUGACAAGUAUUCUAUCAUCAUUGCAAUUGCUGACAAAGUGCCUCACUGCAAGUGUGGAUAUGCUGUUCUGGACCUUUUGCCUGUUGACCUUCAUGCAGUGCGUGGCCGGGAUCGCUCUCAGCACAUUGUGUCGUCCCUUCAUUAUAGAUGAGAACCAACCGCAAGAUGUCCGGGAGAGUAUCUUUAAAUACUACGGCACCUUUACCCGAAGCAUCCUGACGAUGUUCGAAGUGUUAUUUGCCAACUGGGGUCCUCCGUGCCGUGCAUUGACCGACAAUGUGAGCGAGUGGUUCUCUUUAUUUUUCCUCUUCUACCGGUGCGUUAUUGGGUUUGCUGUUCUGAACGUCGUUGGUGCAGUUUUCGUCCAGCAGACAAUGAAGAUGGCAAACUCGGACGAAGAGUUGGCAUUUCGCCAGAAGGAGAGAGAGACAGCAAACUAUGCCAGGAAGGUCCGAAAACUAUUCUCGCACAUGGAUGACAGUGGCGACGGGGCCCUGAGCCACGACGAGUUUGCAAAACUGGUGUCGUCUCCAAAACUGAAGUUUUGGAUGAGCCAGUUGGAGCUUGAGUACCAUGACUUGCUGAGCCUUUUUGAGUUCUUGGACAACGGAGAUGGGCAAAUAACUUUGACCGAGUUCAUCGAAGGAUCCACGCGACUUCGUGGCAGCGCUAAAGCAUUGGAUGUUUGGCGACUGGAAACCAAGGUGGAGUUGCUCUCAGAGGAGAUCUUGAAGGUUUUGCACGCAAAAGAGACUGACGCUGACGUAUCCUCUUACGUCCGAGCUGCCUUCAAGAAUUCUUCGUUCAAGCACAUGAUCACGGCCAACAAAUGA